UUUUUUUUAUCGUCCAAAGCCACUAGAGGUACGAGGUAGGCUUUGUCCUCUUACGCUAACCCCAAAGAACGAAGAUCCGACGCCAGAAGCAUUCCAUGCCAUGCUCACGCAAUGCGGUAACACAAAGUAAUCCACCGAAGAGCAAACGCCGGGAAGGACAACAGAAUACGCCAAAACCAACUUUCUUGCCGCCUUGCCGCCUGUUCAUUGGGCAUUCUUACACACGUGGGUCGAGACUGGGCGAGAGAACCGCAUGGGUCAAAUCGUCCAUAGUCCAUACCGCCAUCUUUUGAGCUCUUUGGAGCUUGGAGCUUGGGGCUUGCUGCAUCCUACGCGAUCCUACGCCUUACGGCCCUUCUCAGACGACCACCGUACGUAUCUACAGUUAUCGGAACACCGAAGAACAACCCGUCCGUAUUGCUCGGGGACUCGGAUCCGACCGAAAAGUUUCGUAAGCUUCUGCCCCGAUUUUCCUAUUGUCCUCGCGUUAAAAAGAGUAUGUAUGCGCCAGCGCGAGACCGAAGGCGCCAUGCCUCUCUUGCUAGCACCGACAUCGACAAAGUGCCUUUUCUUUCUCUUCCCACGCAUGAAGACAUAUAAGAGCCCCGGGGCGGCAGCGUUGAUAUCCCAUCUUCGUCGUUUCCCAUCCCUUCAAGCUCGCCCGUGACAUCUGAUCUUUGUAUACUACGAGUCACAUCGCCCUCUGUAUCACUACAGUCUUAAACUUUUAUUCGCCAAACGCGGAAAUAGCCCAAAAUUAUCUUGAUCAGUCUUUACGAAACCCAUUAAAAUGCCUCCCGCGCCCAUCAUCCUUGCUCACUCUGGCAGGCCACCCACCGGCCCGUUGGUGUAUGAUCGCGAGACAUCAUUCAGAAUCGUCCGAGCCUUGUCCCAACACGAAUCGGCUCCUCCUCUCGCAUUUGGUAUCGCGGUGAUACAGGAGGUCCAGUCCCUCUCCAUCUUUUACGGCUGCCAGCCCUGCUCCAUUGCUGCUCAAUGUCACAUGGUCCUACCUCUCGAGAUCGCCGAGCUCCGAGGCCACAUCUUCAGCUCGAGGCACUUGGAGAGUGUCUCUGUAGCAGAGGCAAAGGUAGAGAGGCAUAUAACACCGCCUGCCUCGGAACCUCCCUCCUUGACUUCUUCUCCCUCGCCUCUUCCGGCUCCUGCUCCUUCGCCUCUGGCGAACACUCCAGGUAUUCUUCCUCCUCCACCUUGGUACAACCAGCCCACUCCUUCACCUACCUUGUCCAGCUCCUCCCUCUAUACCGUCUCCACGUUCGACCCUAUGGACGCAGAGAUGGAGGAGGACGAAGUGGAGAUGUCGGUCUCGCCAAUGCCGCUCUGCACCACCUAUCCUCUCUCGCGUGCGCGCCUUUGGCUCAGUCACAGCCCAAUCCUCUCUCCUGCCUCUCCUCCCGCCCCGAGCGUCCCGUUCCCGACAUCUGUCCCCAUGCGACGCUCCUUGUCCGAAAUCUAUCCGCCCACUGUGUCCAAUGUAUUGGGCGCCCAUGGCGGUCCAGGCAUGUCUCGACGAGCCACGCUUCCAACACAAGUCAAGAACCCGCGCAUGAUCCUCCCCCUGCCUGGUUCCAACAACAAACUGCCGGUACUCUCACCUACUCCUCCUCUCACCUCUGCUUCUUCUCCCACCUGCUCCGACUCUUCCUUCUCCGAGAUCAAGUUCUACCAAUGCAAGCCCUGCGUUUACACCGGCCUAUUCUGCGGUACCCUGCCCAAUGACCCAGAAGCUUUACGCCUUCAUUCGUCUAGCGGGGGGCACAAGCAGUCUUUGGCCAUCUACUACGGGCCCCACGUUCCUCCCCAACCCUACCAGCACGCUCACGCUCACGAGACGAGCCUCGUCGAGCGAGCACGAUACGCUCCAUACGAGCACCGACGAUCUCCCCGCCCUCCCCCUCGUGACUCUCCCGUCCUUCAUAUGCCCCGCCCACAGCGCCCUCACGGAGAUUGGAAGAUGCUCAAAUCGUCUUCCUUCCCGACUCUCUCUCGUCCCUAUCGCGACAACACUCACUCGAGAAAGAAGCAGCAUCGUGCUCGCUCCCGAGGAGCAGAGUCAGAGGCCUAUGGUGGGCAUGACGCUCGAGGGUGGUUGGAUGCGUUAGCCCAUGUGGCGGCUAUGGAGCUCGAUCAGAGCUAGGUCUGUCUAGUCUGUGGCUGUGUGGGUUCAGUGAGCAAGAAGAGAAGUUUUCUCGGUGGUUGUAUCGUAUCGGAGGUUGUAUUUCUCAUCCAUGUCUAUUUCUGUUCUUCUAUGUGCAGAGCGAAAACGAAACAUCCAAAGUAGUAUCGUGUUGUCUGUCUAAUCAAAAUGUAUGAUCUAUAGACAUAUCAGAUACCUCAGCCAGACGGGCUCGACAGCGG